GUCCUGACGGGCUGGCUGGGCUCCGGGCGGCUGUCUGUGCGCUUCAGACGGUCGUGGAGGAGACUAACCAUCAACACUCAGCGUCUCCACCAGUGCUCAGAGAAGAAGACAAAACAGGCACGGGUAUAACUAGGAGAAAAAGAAAGCAGACAGCCCCACCUCGGCAUCUGGAAAAGCACCGUAGAAGAAGGAGCCGAUCCUCCCCUUCUACCCCCACACCCCUGCCGCUAACCCGCCCUGCCUACCCUACCCUACCCUACCCUACCCACCACUUCGUGCCAUCCCUCUGCUCUGAGCUACCCUCCCACCUCCCCCCAGGAGAACCACGGCCACCCAUAGGAACCCCCACUUGACCUGCGUUGCCAUUAAGCGAUGCGCUUUGAAUUCACAAGGAAAUCACCUCUGCGUUUUUGACGCACAACACAGCCAGUGGUCUUCAUUUUUUUUUUCUUCUUCUUCUCCUCAGCCGGAACAGUUAAGGCUACGGAUUUGGGUGUUUACACUUUUUGACGGGUUUGCAGUGGUAUGAUAACAUGCAUAAUACAUCACUCCACUGCAAAAGACAAGACUGUCAUUUCAUAGAUUAGUUUGGAUUUUACGCAGCUGUCACACACGCUGCGUUUGAGCUUAUGUUUGAUUUUUCCAUGAUUAGAAAUAACCCCGACAAUGGUCUGGCAACGGACCGCCUCUUCAGACACCUAGUAAUAUUUUUUCAAGACGUGUCAGCUCUAGAUUUCUUUUUUAUCGAGGAAAAAGCUGCAAAUUAACAAGGAGCCACUCAACGCCGACGGUAUUUGAGCCAUAGGACUUUUUGCGUGCGAAGUUUGCGCUGGCAAGAGGGGAGCCAAGUCGGAGAUAUCUCGGCCACAUCCACGGCAUUUUCCCUGGAAGGUGGGAGGUCGGCGGGUUGCGGUCAUGCUGUCUUUGGACGAGCCCCUAGACUUGAAGCUCCCUCGGCGGGUCAGUGGGAGGGACAGAGGUACAUGCUCGCCCCCCCUCUCCCCGCUGCACCCCAAACGUGCUCGCCAGCUCCGCAUGACAGAUGACGGUACUGCAGUUAUAGAGCCCGCCUCGCCAGUGUCUCCACACACAGGUGUGCAGGUGGUACCUCAGGAUCGAACAGACACCCCCACACCCCCUGCAGUGGACCUGAGCAUGUCUCCUUCCUCCCGCCACACCCCCAGCUCUCCAGAAAUGACCAACGGCAACUACGUCCCCUCAGGGAAUUCUCACAUCUCACCGGCCUUUCAGUUCUUUGUGCCAAUCGGAGCUGGGACAGGGCUUCACCUGCCAUCCUCUAUGUUUAUUGGCCAGACGAAUGACAAGAGAGCCUCUCCUGACCUCUCAGCAGACGAACAGCUGGCCUGCCGCUGGAAGAAGUGCCAUCUGCUUUUUGACUCCCUGCAAGACCUGGUGGAUCAUGUCAACGACUUUCACGUCAAACCUGAAAAGGAUUCUGGGUAUUGCUGCCACUGGGAGGGCUGUGCUCGAAAAGGGAGGGGGUUCAAUGCCAGGUACAAGAUGCUCAUCCACAUCCGUACUCAUACUAACGAGAAGCCCCAUCGCUGUCCGACCUGCAACAAGAGCUUCUCUCGCUUGGAGAACCUCAAGAUACACAACCGCUCUCAUACAGGUGAAAAGCCCUACAUUUGUCCUUAUGAGGGUUGCAACAAGCGUUACUCCAACUCCAGCGACCGCUUCAAACACACACGCACACACUAUGUGGACAAGCCCUACUACUGCAAGAUGGUGGGCUGCCUGAAGCGCUACACAGACCCCAGCUCUCUACGUAAGCACAUCAAAGCCCACGGGCACUUUGUGGCUCAAGAACAGGGAUCUCCAGGUGGGGUGGGCUCCUUGCUGAAGGGGAGUCAAAGCGGAGGUCUUGCUAGUGGAGGGGGGAAGGAUUCAGAGAUGUCCUAUGUGAGCGGAGCCCAUAUUAUCAUCCCCGGAGCGGCGGCGGCUCUCCUCGGAGGUCACGCUCUGCAGAGUCUGGGUGGUUCCUUGCCCCUGUCGCCCCUCAGCCCUCGCCCUCUGGACCUCAGCACAUUGGGUUGCCCAGGCUCCCCUCCUGGCGGCCUGGGAGGGACACCCAUCCUGUCUUUUAACGGCUCCCCGCUGGGCCUGGCCAAGUCCCCUCUGCUGUCCCCGGCAUUCCCUUCCUCCGCCCUGGGCCUACCCAUGAUGCCCAUACUCGGGGCUGCAUCUGAACGCAGGGCCCAGAGCCUGUCAGCCAAGAAGGGUCGGAGCGAUGAGGUGGAGAACGAGGUGACCGGUGGGGUCCUGAACCUCUCCACAGGAGGGUCCCAUGAUCCCCUGUCCUGGGUGGUCAUCCCCCCAGGCACCGUGGUGCUCAAGCCAGCUGUGGUUAACUGAUACAGACAAACACACAUUCCAGAAGAGCUCAGGGGGUUGGGGUGGGCGGGUGAACGCCUAGUGAGGGUACGGGUGGUCAAAGGUGAUAGGGAUCGGCUCGCACAAUCAAUUCCAGGCAAUGCAUUUGAGAAAGAGGUUUGAGAAGGAGAAAACAAAAGACAAACUCAACAAACCCUGACAGAUAACACUACACCUCACAACAAUUACAACGCAAGCCUCUUUUAUCAACGAAAAAGGGGCCCAAGGACUGUGUUCAGACACAUGUAUAGCUCUGUAUUUCUACAACCUGACAGCGGGCUCCUCUUAUUUGAUACUAUAUUCAUUCCUGUUUGUGGCUGUGUGGAGCGGGCCCAUGAACAUUACAGUCUUAGUGCUCUGUGUUCUUAUUAAGUCCUGAUUCAUUAACUAGUAUUUAUAUGUCUAUUCUUCAUCGACAGUGUGCCUCGAGCUUAGCAGUGAGAUAGAGACACCAUGAAACUGAAGGACGCGCUCGCUGUUAGGCAAACAUGCACAUAACAGGAAGAUUCUUCACAGCUGAUUUUAAAGUUAUGACCUAUUUUUCACAGUCUGCUGUGAUUAAUAUGAUUCAGACAAGCUUGCAGUACCAAAGCAAGUGAACUCAAACUAUCUUGGCUUAGGGUUUGUGCUGGAUAAGCUGUAGGAGUCAGCUUUAAAGCGGUAAAACCCUCGCUGAGACGGUUCAGUUAAACACAGCACUUAAUAGUGUCAACUGGUUAUAGUAUAGAAACCUCAAAACUGCUGCUAACCUCUCAGCUCCCUCGACGUAACAUAUACUGGGAGAGAGCAUUUCUGACAAUCUGUCCCCGGUUUGGGAGGGUGACAAACACGGACCAGCCCAGUCCAACAGAAUGUUUGCUAGACUAGGGGCUUUUAGGACACAGAGCAGUCUGAGUACUUAAUGCAGACAAAUGGUGUUACAUCACCUAGCAAUGACCAAUCAUAAUUUCCUCUUUUACACAAAUGAAAUGUAAGGCAUUGGUGCAUCUGGCUCCCCCCUCUGGUUGGACACAAUUCACAACACCCCACUCGCCGUUUACAGAACUCACGCUGUUUAGCUCCUGGAUUGUCCAGCUGCUUUCCUGUAAUUGAAUCAACACAGCCAGUUUGUCUAUGAAAGGACCACUGUGGUGAUAAACACUGGUGUCUUGUGUUUUAAAAGUGACCGGACCCAAAACCAGCUGUGAAAAACAGGUGGUCAUCCAGUCAAAGCCUAACUUAGCCUUGUUGGUUAAAGUUUUGUCCAAAGUUCAACAAGUCCCAUGUUGUGCUUAAAAUACUUGGGCAGGGCAGCGUGGGAUGUAUGUAUUGUGCCACAGUGGGGAGCGAUGCAGUCAAUGCCACAUACAGCUGGACUGCCUACGAAGCCACACUAUUGCAAACUGCCUCAAUUUACUCUGUCCAUAGGGGCUUCAGAAAGAAAAAAAAGACUCUUUUGACUUCUGGGAAAUCGUUUUCUCAUGGUUCGAUUAGACAGUCACCAUGCACUUACCGCACGCUAUAUCCUUUACAUGUUGUAUGAAAUUAAAUGUUACUGCCAGUUCACAGUCUUUGAAAACAAUUUUGCUCUGCCACAGUUUUUGCUCCGGCCUGCAAAGGUUGAUUUGGCUGCAGGGUUUUUUUUUAGGCUUCAUGCUAAUGAUGACUGCCAUCUCUACAGAGGGGAAGUAGAGGAACAAGGGAGUAUCGACGCAACACAAGGAACAUUCCCUGAAGAGACUGAUACACUCUACCCUCCUCUAUCUGUCACGCCUCCAUCUCUCCUCUGCAUCUGCUAACUUCAGCAGGAUUACUUUUCCAACACCCAGUCUUACAAAUGAUCAGUUAUUGUUGUUUUAUAUUUGUCUUUUUUUUUUUUUUUUGCUGUUGUUCAGACGAGACAUUUUUUCUGAUGUUGAAGUUGCUUCUUGUGUUCUGCAGUGGCUGCUCUGUGCUCAGCUUUCUGCUGUCGAGGCCAGGCCUUGUAAGGGGUCCAAAGGGAAGAAGAGAGGGAGAGGGUUAGUUUGACCUCUAGGAUAGUGGUUCUCAGUCUGGGUGGGGUGGAGGAAAGGAGUAAAUCUUAAUUUGAUGCAAAUCUAGUCAACUAUUUCCUUCUUUUGGUCCCAGUUUGUUCAUCAAUACAUCAAAUAUGUUUAUCAAAUAUGAACUGUGAUGAGGGAUCAUGAGAAUGGUAGCACUUAAUAUUAGGAUAUACAUACAUAUUAAUAGGAUUUUGGCCAGUGACUGUAGUUAAUAAAUGUCAAACCACCAGUAUGUUAUGAGAACUGACUUUUGCAUUUCUGACUUUUUGACUAGUUAUUUGGACAGUUAAGACUUGUAGUUUUAGGGGUUUUAUGUACGAGAAAAAGCCUUAUUUAUUAAACGUUAUUAAAAGGAGACCAACUACUCUAAGGAUAUUACCACCGUAUAAAGCCUGGUGAAAAAAAAACAGUAUGUUAUGAUAUAUACUAUAUGUACAGUAUCUUCCUUAUUAUCAAUAAACAGUGGUUAAGUUACUGUUAUUUAAAGUCAUGUAGAAUAAAACACUAGAAUGUUCUUUAUAAUGACUUGAAAAGAGCCAUUCUGCUCUUAUUCUGUGUACUUAUAAGCACUAGCUGGUAGAGAGUAUGUGUGCCUUAAUAUAAAGUGUUACCAUAAGGGGACUUUGAUUUAUUUUACUAGGUCACAAAUAAAAAAGAUUGGGAACCAUUAUUCUGUGAGGGGAUAUAAAGUUUUUGGUGGGUGUCCAUUGGACCAUAUGACAUCACAUUCCUCCGUGAUUACAUUUUGUUCUGAGGAUCAUUCAGAGUGUAUGAACGUGUCCUUUGAUUUACAUUCAGAUACAAAAAAUACGUCGAGGAACAACAGCCGACUGUGAAAUGGUGGCAGAGCGUGAGAGCAACGAGAAAGAAGAUUGGCUGAAUGAAUAAAUGAAUGGGCAGGGGAUAGCGAGAGAUGAGGGGAGAUGCUGUGUGCCAGCAGAGGAAAAGAGGCAGAGGAUAGCUGUGCUGUGUAGCCGCCGUCCAUCUGGCCACCUACCCUGCAAACGGCCCUCUCAGCUCUGAAGUCACUGGCUGUUCUGUAGCCAAUGUGGCAGCCACUCACAGGCAUACCAGCCUGCACAAAACUAGGCCACUGAACUCUGUCUGCCCUCUGGGUUUUUUUUCUUUUUUUAUAGAUUAAACCCAAAAGGCUCAACUCCCCAACCUCCCAGCCACAAAGCUUUUCUUAUUUUACUAGAGAUGGAGGAAAUGGGCAACUUAACAAGCCGCGUCCGCAGCAAACAAAAAUAACUCUAACCUUCCCUGUCUGAGGGGCAGCCGACAGUCCUGUGAGGAUUCAGAGCAGAGAACCGCAUACCUGUUUCAGCCUCCGUCUUUAUUGUCUCUGACACCACCUCCCCCUCCAACACACACACACACUCACACAGCAGCGGCCUGUUGGUGGAUUCAGGCUCGAUGAAUCUCUCCUCAUGAGUGGACAAUCCUGGCAUGUGAUGUCAUCAGGAACAGGUGUUAAGUAGGCUAGACAUGGUUUCCGUGGCAACAGUGAAACCCACAGAUGCAGCGGCUCUCCUCCUCCUCCUCCCGUCUAUCUGUCUCUCCUCUGCUGGUCGAAGCCAGGGACAGAGACUCAACAAGGCAGCAGGAAGCUGAAUAUGACACGGAUCCUCCAGGGUCCAUAUUGUUUCAAUAUUACAUAAGCUGUUUGAUCCAUUAACCCUUUGAGCUCAAUCUGUAAUAAACUGCACUUUUGUUCCCCUUUUAGCUAGACAGGGGGAUGCUGUCACAUCCUUACUCAGUGUAAAGUUAAAUUCAUCAAGAGUUAUUGUAAGAAUCCUCAUUGUUGAUCCAGUCGGAAAUUUUUUUCAUAUUAUUAAAGUGGUACUUGCUUCUGGAGAUGUAAAAGUAACCCUCACUUCAUGCUACGAAAAGUGGACCUGAGAUCCAGGGCAUAAAAAUUAUGUUAGCUAGCUAGGUCAGUGUCAUACAGGGGCGCCGUUGACUGAAGUGCCACAGUAUUGCACAAAGGGUUAAUGAUAAGACUAAGGCCAUGCAAGGCCUGUUCCAAGUUAUGUUUUUUGCACAUUUGUGAGAUAUUAUGUCAGUAUUUUAAUUUUUCCAAGUGCCUUUUUAUUAUAGGUAAAAUAUAGAAGUUAUACACUUUACGAAAAAAAAUGAUUAUAUGAAAAUAUAUUUUUUUCCUGGCAUCAUGUUCUGUGGUUGAACAUGCAGAAUUUUAGAGUUGUAAAAGUCUCCAAUUGGUACAACAUAGCGGUGUUCUCCUGUUUUAGAGGAAUUUUAUUACGAUAUUGAUAAUAAUGUCAAUGAAAAGAAAAAUGUUUAAUAAAGUUGCAUUUGAUA